GCGCCACGGCUCAAGGAAUUGCAUUCGUCGUUCUUUCCGUCACUCCUUCCACCUCCCAAUCGUGGGAACCAGCUUAGGUGUCGACUUCACUCUUUCAGUCGAUCUCCGUCCCGUCCUUUUCAUCGAUGCAAUUCCCCGUGUUCCGCUCGAACUCAAGUUCAGCGAGUCCCUAGCCCUCGAGCAACAGCCCUUGGCUUCGGAAGUCCGUACACGAUCGCUUUGCAACUACAGCUUUACGCAAGGUCAACACUCUUUUGCAGCAGCAGCAACAACAACAACCGAAUAAUCAAAAGAAACCGUCAUUCAUUACACAACAUGGACUCAGUCAAGAGACUCAUCGUUCGAGGCGGCGAGGAAAAGGAUAAUAGCCUGGUCAUCAAUCUCCUGAUUGCCCUUCUCGCCCUACUCUUCGCCGGUCUCGUCGCCUUUGCGCUCCUUGUCCUGCUGCGGAGGAGGCGCAGGCAAAAGCAAAUGAUGGACGAAAAGCUACCUCAGUAUGAAGACGUCAAGAGGACGGGCAAUCACCGGCGACUCACCAUCCAAACCGGCAAUGGCAAUGGUCGGUCGAGCGUUAUCGUCGUCGAAAACCACGGCCAGCCAAUGCUGGCGAACCCGCGCUCUCCCCCUUACUCUCCCGACAAUGUUCCCGAGAUCCACAUCACGUUCCCCGACGAGCAAGACGAGCAGGGUCGUCCCAAGAGCGGCCGGGUGGUUGUCGUCAGGGUGGGCGAUACCGGCGUCGGUCUUGAACCUCUGCACGACGAGCAGCUCCCCGCCUAUGAGAAGGAGAGCAAGACACAGUUCUACUCCAUCGACAUGGACAGGAUCGGCGGCCUGAAGGAGAAGGAAUUUCACUGAGCCGCGAUACAAGCUAGGCGCUCAGGAAAGCUGCUAGCCGAAACGAACGAUUAUAUUUUCCUUCUUUUUUGUUUCCAUCAGCCACUGACCUGGCGAUCUCUUAUGAUCUGAUGGGCGUGUGGAGUUGCGAUGACGAUCAGGGAACGAACACAGAUACCACCAUACACUCGCCGGCCACUUCCACUUUUGCUUCUAUCUUGGGAGUGUUCGCGGGGGCCCCAUUUCCGGCAUCUCAGGAUGGUGUAGACAGGGCACGGUAUCUUUGGGAAGCUGGUUGGAAGACGGGAGGAUCUGGUUGCACCAACUUGGCGCUACGGUGCCGCGAUAACCCGGCUCCCCAACCUGUUUGACCGUGGACGUGUGGGAGAAACAAAGCAGGGAGGGGAGGUCGGGGCAAUUCACGCGUCGUGAGCGCGACCGAACACGAUUCUGGUACUGGUUAUUGGACAGCGCGUUGAGCGGACGUGGGGUAUACUUCCAGGAACAUAUUUCUCUAUUGUAUAAUUCUUAUUCUACGCCUGCCGUCAGGUAGGCCUUUUCGUUCCUCAUCUACCUUUUUUGAGGGGCCGAGCCUGCCGCAGUUAACUUUCUUUGCUUCCUUGGUCCGGUAAAAAACAUGGGAUGAGGUGUUC